AUGGCAACGAGCUUUGCAGCAGGCGCAGACGAGGAUGUCACGACGGCUAGUCUGACGAGGUCAGCGCAGUCGUCGAGCUGUUCGUCAUCGACGUCGUCGUCGGCAGCGUCGGUCUCGGCGACGUCGCCGCUUUUCGCGCGGGCGCCGACGAUCGUGGCGCACGAGCUGCAGCGGCUGACGCGACAGCGCCGGCGGUUUGCCGAGUUUGAGGCCGGCUUGCCGGAGAUGCUGUCACAGGCGAGUGAGAAAGUACGGACGAUUUCGGGAAGUCCAGGGGACUUGGGGGGUGUGGAUGGUGCUGGGAGUCCGGGCAGUCCUCUGCCGGUGACAGACAAGGACAGUGUCUGGCUGUUAGACAAUGUAGCCUACCGAGAGGCGGACACGACGACGACGACUCCUGGCUGGCGGGCAGAGUAUGUGGUGGCUGUGCUGGCGCAGCAGCUGGCUGGCCCGGUCGGCGGCACGGUGGCGGCGGUGCAGGCGGUGGCAGAGCGGUUGGGACGUGGCGGCAGCGGGCCGGUGGACGAGGCCACGCUGCAGACGAUCCGGCGGCGGAUGCGGCCGUUUCUGCAGGCAGUGCUGCCGGGCCGACAGGUGCGGGCGCGCGUGGGCGACGACUGGCCGCUGGUGCUGAGCCCGAGCGACAGCGACGGCGUCAGCAGCGACGUACAGCGUCUGCCAGACAGCACGCGGGCCGGUGCUUUGGUGUCGACGACGGCGGAGGUACCAGCCGGCACGGACGGCGAGCUGUCGAUGCAGACGCUGUUUGCGGAGGGGACUGGCUGGGGGGUGAUAUCCGACAUCGACGACACGAUCAAGCGCACGCAGACGAGUGAUCCGGUCGGCAUCCUGCAGACGACGUUUGUCGACGAACCCGAGGCCAUUGCCGGGAUGCCGGAGCUGUACCGGUUUCUGGCCGAGGUCACGGCGCCGGCCGCGUCGGACGGCGGCAGCGCGGCGAUGACGCCGUUCUUCUACCUCUCGGCGUCGCCGUACAACCUGUACCCGUUUCUGCGACGAUUCCGCCAGCAGCACUACCCGCACGGGGCGCUGCUGCUGCGCGACGACUCGUCCAUGAGCGUGGCCGGCCUGCUGCGGACGCUGACGCUCGACACGCGGGACUACAAAGUGCAGCGCAUCGCCAAGGUGCACGGCUGGCUGCCACAGAAGACGAUGUUGUGCAUUGGCGACAGCACGCAGAGCGAUCCAGAGGCGUACGGAGAGAUCUACCGCUCCUUCCCCGGCUGGGUCAAAUUGAUCCUCAUCCGCAAGGUGGCCGACAUUGCGGCGGUCGGCCUGGCUGAGAAGAAUGAGCCGGCACGCUUCGAAAAGGCGUUCCAUGACAUGCCUACGUCUGCAUGGCACGUAUUCGAAGACCCAGCCGAGUGCUAUGCACACGUGCAGCGGGUGAUCGGCGGAGAAAUCCCCGAGACGGAAGCAUGA